UGCGAGGGAUAUAAUUUAUAGGAAAUCGCCGACCCCCUCCACUCUUCGUUCUUGUUCUUGUAUCAUCAUCAUCGUCUCUUCUUCUCCCUCACCUCGUUUCCGUAAUCUAAUCUCCAGGGAUUCGUUUCGUGGAUCCAUCAAUCUUCUGAAUCGAAGGCGUCCAUCAUCAUGGCGAAGAAGAGGAAGUCGGACGCGACGCGGCUGGACGAGGUGGAUCGGAGCUUGUACUUGACCUUCUGCAGCGCGGCGAACUCGUUGUCUCAGAUUUACACGCAGGCGAUGGCGCAGCAGAAGCUCUCCUUCCAGGCUGGAGAGCGCCACGCCCUGGAAAAACUCUACCAGUGGAUUUUGAGACAGCAUGAGGAAGGGGCAAUAGUGACUGCAGCAGAAGUCGUUGCUUAUUUGCAGAAUGAGAUUGAUUAUGGGGGAGAGGAUGCGUCAAUGUCUCCAAGACUGCAAUUUCCUAGCCAUCCUCAAACCACAAUGCACUUUACGAACACAAACAUCCAGGCCUCCUCUGGUGUGUCUGGACCAGCAACAGUUGUAAUUGCCCCUCGGACUGGACACUCUGAUCAAACGAAGAACUCGAUUUUCUCAAAUGCUCUCUCCAGUCCUGUUCGUCACAGCCUUCAGCCUUAUAACCUAGCACAGGAUGGAGGAUAUUAUCCAAAUUGUGCCUUGCUAAAUGGCAGUGGAACUCGGAACCAUGAAGUUGUCUUUCCCAAUCAAAUCCGUGGCUCUAACUCCCUCAAUUCCAAUGACACAUCUAUGGAUAUGCAUUCAGAUAGUCCAUCACACGAGUCCUAUUGAUACUUUUCAGAAAAGCUGCAUCGCUUCUUUGUUGUUAGCCCCGGUAACCCUACCUGCGGUUACUUUUCUGCAACUCCUUCCUCAAAAAACUUGGUAAACGUAAAUCAUGAAGGUGCUCCAAUUGUGAGGUCUGCAUGCUGGAGUGUUUGUGGAGGCAUCCAAAAAGUACAUUUAUCUCAUGGAGCUCCAUGCACCCUGAGAGUCAAAGCCAUUGUUAAUUAUAAGCUUCUUAGUUUCAGCUGCUGUCAGCCUAAUUCUAUGUAAAAAAUGGCCCCGAUUUGUGUGUGUGUGUGUGUGUGUGUGUGUGUGUUUUAAAGCUGUUUGCUAUUUUUUCGUGUUUAUGGAUCAUAUGAAUUUGGCGAACUUGGUAGGUAGUAUAUUUGGUCUGUGUGAUGAUCCUGCGAAUCAAGUAGAUAUCCAGCAAACACGGCUCGGUUGAAGCAGCAUUUUAUGUCCAUGGAUGCGUGUUUGAAACAAGAAGCUUGGUCCUUGGUUUGUCGCUCAAUCUGUUCAGUGCAGCUUGCUGCAAUGAAGAAUCUCUCUGCAUCUUAUUCAACAGAAGAUGGUUUAAUGGUUGAUUUGCAUCUCUAGUUUGGUUUUUUCCUGUUGUGGACGCUGAAGAUUUCAUUUGCUUCCUGUUGUUUUCUUUCCUGUUUUAUUCACUCUCUUGGUAUUUGCUUAGGCGAAAACAUUUUCCGUAACCUGGCUAUCUUUUAUA